CCAACGAGAGUACGGGAGAGCGCGCGCGCCCCAGACCAAACCAACUGCACCCGCCCGGCAUGGCCAAGAGGCGGAGCCAGCAAACAAAUAGGCUUCAAAUUCUCGACUGCUCUCCCUAGUUUCUCCUUGGCUUAUCUCCGCCCCCAGCCCCGACCCUACCACCCCCACCAAAGGACCACUGCCGAAAAAAAACCCCAAUCUCGCGAUUAGUGCGCGCCAUGGCGGAACCAGGGUGUGAUCCUGAUCUCGGCGUGCCGCCGGCUAAGCGGAGCGAAGUUGAUCCUAUCGUCCCGACUGAGCACCCUUGGAACCUGCCUGCACUGUUCUAUGUGCCCCAGUGUUCCGGCAGCGCAGAUGAGGGUGCUGUGGUGAUACCCCGGGAGGCAAAUCUGCCAAUCGACACAGAAACUAGGAUGGUUGUGGCUCAGGUCUCCCAGGCAGUGGUCGCCGUCGCCUCCAUCGAUGCUGAUGGUGACCAGAUGUGGAAAGGUUCAGGAUUUGUUGCUGAUUUUGAUGAAGCUAGUAUGAUUGGGACAGUCUUUUCAUCAGCAAAAAUAGCUAGACGUGAGCCUUGCUUUCCAGGCAUUGAAAAGAUAAAAGUAUAUCUAUUUGAUGGUACCUGUUAUGAUGCCACUGUAGCAGCAUGUGACUAUCACUGGAAUUUAUUAGUUCUAUCUGUUUCAUUUGACCGUGUUGUCAAACCUAUGAAAUUGGUGGAGAUCAGUGAAAAUAGAAAUUCAAGGGAUCCUCAACUAGAAACAUGUAGUAUUCUGCCUCAUUCAAGUCAUGAAAACCUCUAUCCUGGAGAUACCAUUAUUGGACUCGGUCGAUGGCCAGAAGAGCCCUUUGCGCUUCGAGCGCAUCGUGGAGUUUACAGCACUGAUCGUUGGACUGCUUUCCGCAAACUUUGCCAAGAAAUGCAGAUAGCAACAUUUUUAAACACAUAUGGUGCAAUUGGAGGUCCAGCGAUAAACAGAAAUGGAAGGGUUGUUGGAAUGCUUUUUCAAAGUCUGACUUGUACUCCUUUCCUACCAUCUAACAUCAUUUUAAGAUGGUGGGAACAUUUCAAAAAUACAGGGAAGUAUUGUCGUCCAACUAUAAGGGUUUUGGGUGUGAAUUUGCAUAAUGCCCAGUCUUCACCUUGGGUGAAAGUCCCCGUGUCUUUGCAUGAAGGGUUGGAUGGUAUUCUUGUUGAGCUGGCAUCGCGUGCAGUUUUAUCACUGGGACUACAACAAAAGGAUCUUAUUAUUGGAUGCAAUAGAAGACGUGUUGCUACAAAUUUGCAGUUGUUCGAAAUCUUGGCGGAAAAUAUUGGAAAAGCGGUGGAGCUGACUGUUGUAAAGGCCGAGGAUGGCAGUACGAAAUCAAUACAUCUUCCCGUGGAAGAGGCUGAGGAGGAGAACUUUCACAAGUGGCCAAUCUCAAGCUACUAUGGAGGAUUUUUCUAGCCAGAUGGAGAUUCUACAUUACCUAGCGCCUAAUUCAGAAAUGGUGUAUGCUGUAUUUCAUUUGUUCGAACCAUUUUUAUUUAUGUUGGAUGCUAGUUAAACAGACUUUUAGAUUGCUGAUGUAAAAUACAUGAAGCAUAAUGGCCCAACAAUUCAUUUUCGUAUUGUUGCACACAACAAUAUUUUUGCUAGGUUUCUUGGCCUAUACCACCUUCAAA